UUUCUACUCUAGAUCCGGUGAGGUUGUACUAGAAUUAUGAAAUCCUUGAAGCUUGAAACUAGUGUUAUCUUCUGGAUUUGUAUAACUGGCCUUGCGAUAAUUUUAAUUUUAAUUUUGCCUUCAGUUCAUGCAUGUAAUGGCGGCUAUAACUUUCGAAUUGAAAAGACGGAAAACUGUGCCGGUCCGGAUCCGGUCGUAAAAAUUCAAGAAAACUUCAUCGUCAGCUUGAGCAGAAGAUGCUUGGUCCGAUCGCAUGGCUGCGUAGAAAUCAAGGGUUACGAAAAUGCUACAGCCGUAUAUAUUGUGAGGGUAUUCGGGAUCCCCGUUAUAAAGGGCGAACAGGAUCUUUGCGCAAAAAUAAGUAAAUGGUCCCUGGCGUACCCAAUUCUUAAUACUUUCAAUUUUCCCAACACGUGUCCGGUAGAAAAGACUACGAUCUGUGCUGAUUCUAAGCAUGUUGUCAACGCAAAUCCAUUCAAGCAAUUUCUUCCAUUAUUGUUCGGAAAACCUGUGCUGGAAAUAAAAAUUAAACACAAUAAUGGAGAUUCUUGUAUCAGAAUGCAAGCUGAAAUGUUCAAAGAAAAUUAUUCUAAAAACAAAAGCGCGGAAUCCAAUAAAGACUGAUGAGGAAAUCGACCAAAACCAUUACAUACAUAAAUACAUCAAAAUUGAAAAUGAAAUAAAUGCAAACAUAACAAAACACGAGGUAACUCACAAUUUCGGAUACUGAUCUGAGGCAAUGUUCAA